ACUAUUUUCCCCGCCUCACACAUUGAAGCAAUGGUGACCGUGAGACCGUCCAGGGAGACUGAUCCGCGACGAUCACGUCAAGUAUUGGCCGUGGACCCUAUCGGCUCGGGAAUAUUCCGGAAUCCUCUUCACGUGGUUCUUUACUACAAGAGCGUGUCGGAGGAGGAUUCUGGAUGGCUUUGGGCCGGCUGGGCUAUGGAGUCGCUAUCGCGAGCAUUGUCGGAGCAGCAGCCAUUGCUCGCUGGAAGGCUUGGGCGUGGGGAGGAUGGUGAUGGAGAUUUAGAAAUUGUAUCCAAUGAUAAUGGCGUUAGGCUCGUCCAGGCACGCAUCGCGACCACUUUAGCAAGCUUUCUUGAAUUAUUGAAGGAAAAUGAUGAAGCAGAAGCUCAGCUUGUUUCGUGGCCGGAUAUUGAUGAACAAAGUCUCCGGUUCUCUCCCCUGUUUUAUGUUCAGGUGACAAACUUCCAGUGUGGUGGAUAUUCAAUUGGGAUUAGCUGUAGCCUUCUUGUGGCAGACCUUUUGGUGAAGGAGGACUUCCUCAAUAGCUGGGCAAUCAUACACAACAAUAUACUUUCCAGUAAUAAAGGAUCCCCAAAGCCCCUAUUUUACCUCCCAGCUCUUAGAAAUAUAGGGUCUUCCCCCACCAGUUCCAGCAUAACUAGGUCUAGCCCAAGAAAGAAUUGUGGCCAAACUAGGCAUUUCAAGGUCACUGCUGCAAAUGCAAAUGCAAAUGCAAAUUUGGACAGCGAAAUUUGCAAGUCGUUUGCAUUGCUUUGCAUUGAAGAGACAGAGAGCAGGCUUGGCAGCAAAAUGGAUUCAGAGAUGUAUUUAUUUGUGAAGGAAAAGAGUGAGGUUAUUAAGGCAGAGAAGUUUUCAAAACAUGGACUUGUUAAGCCGCCAUUGGGCGUCAAGACUCUAGUUACUAGUGCGAGUUGGGAUGAUUUGGGGACCAACGACGUAGCGUUUCGUGAAGGUAAUAAGCCGGUUCAUGUUUCGCAUUGGAUCGGGUCAGUUUUUUAUGGACUUGUCAUGGCAAUACCAUCUCCUAGUGAGGAUACUCUUGGAAUCAAUAUCUUAGUCAUAAUUCCAAAUGAGAAGGAAGAGUACUAGUAAUAAUACUAUUCAAAUUCAUUUCAUUAUUGUU